UUUCGCUUGUGUAUUCAGGAACAGGAUUUCCGUGAGGUGCCUGGAGCCGGAAGAAGCUGGCCGGCAGAUCAGCAGACAUGGCAGCCUCCGCACCGCCGCCCACCGUGCACAUCCCGCUGACUGAGAACGGCAGGUUGCUGAGGCUGAAGGAAAUGUUUGCCUCUAAAUUUGGUUGUGAACCAUUGUUUUACGCUCGGGCGCCUGGACGGGUCAACUUGAUAGGGGAGCACAUUGACUACUGUGGAUAUGCUGUUCUUCCAAUGGCUAUUGAACAAGAUAUUUUAGCAGCUGUUCAGCCUGUCGACUCUCAUGUUCUGCACUUGUCCAAUACAAAUCCAUCUUAUCUGGACUUUUCUUUGGGUCUUAAGGACAUUCAGAUUAAUAAGACAAAGCCUUUGUGGCACAGUUACUUUCUGUGUGGACUGAAAGGAAUCCAGGAGCACUUCAAUCUGGACCAACUCAAAGGAAUGAAUUGCUUAGUGGAUGGAACCAUUCCACCAAGUUCCGGCCUAUCAAGUUCAAGUGCCUUGGUGUGUUGUGCAGGACUGGCCACUCUCACUGCUAAUGCAAAAUCUCUUUCCAAGUUGGAACUUGCAGAAACUUGUGCAAAAUGUGAGCAUUAUAUUGGCACAGAAGGUGGUGGAAUGGACCAGUCAAUCUCAUUCCUGGCUGAAGAAGGAACUGCAAAGUUGAUAGAAUUUGGUCCUCUUAGAGCCACUGAUGUGAAGCUUCCACAUGGAGCUGUUUUUGUGAUUGCCAGUAGUUGCGUUGAAAUGAACAAGGCCGCUACAGCUCAUUUUAACAUAAGAGUUGUGGAAUGUCGUCUCGCCACCAAGAUUCUAGCAAAAUCUAAAGGGCUGGACUGGAAAAGCAUGAUGAAACUAGGAGAUCUCCAGAACAGACUUGCGGUUACUGUAGAAGAUAUGUUGGGUGUUGUUGAGAAGGUCCUACAUCCUGAGCCAUAUACACGGGAAGAAAUAUGUGAGACUUUGGGAAUAAGCUUAGAAGAACUUUGUGCCACAGUCUUAAGUCAAAACACUCAAGAUGUGUCUACCUUCAAACUAUACCAGAGAGCUAAGCACGUCUACAGUGAGGCUGCAAGAGUUCUGGCUUUUAAGAACGUUUGUGAUGAGGCACCUGCCAAUGCUGUCCAGCUGCUGGGGGACCUCAUGAACCAGAGCCAUGUGAGCUGCAGAGACAUGUAUGAAUGCAGCUGCUCUGAACUAGAUCAGCUGGUGGACAUCUGUCUGAAAUCUGGUGCUAUUGGAUCUCGUCUGACAGGAGCUGGAUGGGGAGGUUGCACUGUUUCGAUGGUUCCCGUUGAAAAGCUGAAUGUAUUCCUAACCAACUUACAAGAUAUGUAUUACAAAACUGAUAGCCGUCGAUCAGCACUUCAGAAACAAAGCCUGUUUGCCACAAAGCCUGGAAGUGGAGCUAUGGUAAUUUUGGAGAAAAAAUGAAUAAUCUGAAGUAGGUUUCAGAGAUUUCUGUAGUGAAAUACAUACACUUGGGUGACAUAAUGCCUCAAUAUUCAUAAAUGAUGCCUUUUUAAUAUUUAAAGGCCUAGUAUCCACUGGUAACCUGCAAGCUGAAGAAUACUAUACAGACAUAAUUAAUAACAUUUUCUAAAACUCAUUGUAAUAAAACU